AAGGCUCUAGAGGAGAUGUAUCCUCAAGGUGAAAAGGCUGAGACUGCUUGGGCAAUGACUGUUCUAGGCUAUUUGGCAAAACUCAUCCUAGGCGUUUUAGGGCUGAUUGUAUCUGUAGCUUGGGUUGCCCAUAUUGUGAUAUAUCUUCUGAUUGAUCCUCCAUUUUCUUCUUUCCUUAAUGAGGUUUUCAUUAAACUAGACGAUAUUUGGGGUCUUUUGGGCACUGCAGCUUUUGCAUUUUUUUGCUUCUACCUUCUGCUUGCAGUGAUUGCCGGAGCAAUGAUGCUUGGCUUGAAAUUAGUUUUUGUUACGAUUCACCCAAUGAAGUGGGGAUCUACGCUCAUGAACUCCUUUCUUUUCAAUGUGGGCCUUAUUCUUCUUUGCUCUAUCAGUGUCAUUCAGUUCUGUGCCACAGCCUUUGCAUACUAUGCUCAAGCCACUGCAGCUCAAGAAAUAUUUGGUCACAAUUUGCAAUCUCUUCGUGGAAUUAAAUAUCUAUACAAGUACAACGUGUUUCAAAUUGGAUUCAUCGUUUUAGCUGGGCUGACGUUUGUUUACUAUGCUGCCUUUGGGUGGAGAAGGAAAAAGCCUAGCGGGAGGUUCCAGCUUUCCAGUUAAAGGUUUUGAUUGGAUAGCAGUGCGCGCAUCUAACUGUAUUUGGACUUCUCUGGCCUAUCACUAAUGUCGAGGCUUUGAACUCUGGUGUAUGUUGCCUAGUUUUGUUUGAUAUUAUUCUUGGAGAAGGCAAACACCAUUAAAUUUGAUUUCUGCGGUAGAAGUUGGGUGUUGGCGACUACUGCUGCUGCUGCCACUGAUCUUGCCGCUGUUACUUAGUUCUUUUUUCCCACCUUUGUAUGUAUCAUUUGUUUGGUAAUGUUAUCAUUUGUUUGGGCAUGUCGUGGGCUACUUGGUUUGAUAAUUGUCCUUGAUGUAUCAUAUAGUCAUUAUAUACAAAAUUUCUUGAAUGCUUGUAUAUUUACUGUACUCUUUUUUAUUGCUUUUGGAGCUUACC